AUGGGCAGCACUGCUAUGAAGUCCACAGUGAACCAUUCUACAAUGAAGGCGAUUCUGCUGGCACUGUUCUGCUUGUGCUUUCUUGCAGUGUCCAGAGCAGAAGAGUUAUCUGGACGUGGAAACCACAAUAAUGAAGAGCUCAAUGCCUUAAAAUUACGUUUGGCAAAAGUGGAAAAGGAACAACAGAGUCACAUGACAUAUAAUGAGAAAAUGAAGAUUGCUUUUUCAGUAACCCUGAAUAAUGGAAAUCGCCGACAACUGGGUCCUUUCACUACAGCCAUAACCAUAGUGUAUCCUAAAGUUCACACUAAUGUUGGGAAUUCCUUCAACGUUCACACAGGUAUUUUUACAGCAACUGUAAAAGGGUUUUACUUCUUUAGCUACACUGCAUAUACAGCACAUGUUGUCAACACAUUUGUGAGUUUGAUGAAAAAUAAUGAGAAAGUGGCUUCCUUAUGGGAUACUGAAUCUAGUGACCUCAAUGACAGCGUGAGCAGCUCUGCCAUCCUUAAACUAGAAGUAGGGGAUCAUGUCUACAUGAGACUACAUGAAGGAAAACAGCUUUAUGAUGACACUGCAAAUUAUAACACUUUCAGUGGAUUUCUGUUGUUUCCUUUUUGA